GGCAGAUGAGGCUGCCAUGACCUUUAGCCACUAGGAUUUCUCCAAGGUGUGAUGGGCAGAGCACCCCAGCCCCACACCAGGCUUGGGCUGCUGCUGACUGCCAAGGAGUAAGAAGGCCCUUCUUCAGUGGACAGACAGAGUGACCUGCCCAAGUUCCAGCGAAGUGGGCAGGUCACUAAUUCCUGUCCUUCUCAGCCCUCAGGGAUAGUUUUUCAGACGAAGAGUCCCAAAGUGAAAGUGCCAGGGACAUUCUGGUUUAGGGCAGAGGAAGUGGAAUCCCCUCUCCCUCCCUGCCCAUUCUCACCCUUGAUUCUCCAAUUCUUCCUUUAAUCCCACUUGAGCCUCCUUCUCUGUCACUCCCCCCAAAGAAGCCGUUUCUAAGCCCUUCUCCUCAUCCCCCAACCCGCAGCUCUCAAUCGCUCCCGGCUGCCGGGCAAGGCUGCCUCGAAGGCCCGGCAGUGGUGGGUGGUGCCCAGCCCGAAGGUGACAACCGCGGAAAAGAGGACGACUCUCUUGGCGGGGGCUUUGGGUGACAUCACAUCCUUCGCAAGCGAAAUCGGCCCGGCGGCCGGCCAGAGCACGCGACUUGCCCCCCCUUGCCCCGCGGGCUCCCGCGCGUCUCCCCUCAUCUGCCCCGCGCCCCGGAGGAGCGCGCCAUGGCCCGGCCGGUGACCGCCCUGCUACUGCCGCUGGCCCUGCUGCUCGACACCGCGGCGGCCGCGGGGCCGAGCGCGUUCCGGCUGUCGACGCGGGAGGUGCGUGCGCUCCUGGGCCAGUCGGUGGAGUUGCAGUGCGAGGUGCUGCUGACCACCGCGGCGUCGGGCUGCUCGUGGCUCUUCCAGCCGCGCGGCGACCCGGCCAGCCCCACCUUCCUCCUGUACGUCUCCCAAACGCGCACCAAAAUCGCCGACGGGCUGGACGGCAGCCGGUUCUCGGCCAAGAGGAUCCGGGAUUCCGCCUUCGCCCUCACCCUGAGACGCUUCCAGGAGGAGAACGAAGGCUACUACUUCUGCGCGGUGCUGAGCAACUCGGUGAUCUACUUCAGCCCCUUCGUGCGGGUCUUCCUGCCAGAGAAGCCCACCACCACCACGCCCGCGCGGCUCCCAACCAAGCCCGCGCCCACCAACGCUUCGCAGCCCGCGUCCCUCCACCCGGAGGUUUGCCGGCCCGCGGCGGGCAAGCCAGUGGCCACCAAGGGGCUGGACCUCGCCUGUGACCUCCACAUCUGGGCGCCCCUGGCUGGGGCCUGCGGGGCCCUUCUGCUGUCGUUAAUCAUCACCAUCAUCUGCAGCCACAGACACCGAAGACGGGUUUGCAAGUGUCCCAGGCCCCUGGUCAGACCCGGAGGCAAGUUGCAGCAGCCGGAGAGAUACGUCUAACACGGCGCCGGGGACAGCCAGGAGGAGACAUCCCGCCGAGGGCCCCUCCCUUGGGUAUUUCCCGCCGUCCUGCCCUGGGCAUUCGUCCUCCUGACUGUGAUUUCAGCUGGGGUUGGGGGUGGGAAGGGUUCCUUUUUCCUUCUGGGUUUUAGCUGCAACAGCGCGAGGCCGCCCCGUCCACGCAGCGCCGCGAGGGUCGCGCCUCGGCAGGGCGGCUUGGUGGGCAGGGAGCGCUGCGCGCUCGCUCGGGCUGUCAGAGCCGCGGGGGGCCGGGGCGACGUCCCCGGCCUUUCUAUAGACCCGGAGGCUGAAGCCCAGAGACGGGGCGCAGCUGGCUCGGAGUCACACAGCCGGCCAGGCUCGGCGCGGGAGAACUUAACCCCCUCUGCGCCGGUCGGGGCUCGGGGUGGGAGGUGCGCGUGUCUCAAGCCACAAGGAACGAGCAUUUCUUGAGCGCCCGUGCUGUAACCCACUGCCGUGCCCAGAGCGGUGAGGGGGUAGAGACAUAAAGGAGAGCCCUCUGCCUUUAUAGUUUCCCAAUGCAGUCGAACGAUUCCAGACCUGCCCUUGAAUGAUCACACGUGAAAGUGUACAAAGACCGUGGGAAUUCGUAGAAGCUAAAGCAGAAGGGGUGAACUUGUGCAGGGGAUAGGGGCAAAUCUCUCCAUCUCUGAAGAAAAUCUGAGUCCCUGCGUAGUGGCCAAACCGCUCUCUCCGGUCCUCACCAAAGAGGGACCCAUGACCCAGGGGAGGCCGCCCUUUUACAAAUAUGAUGGGAGAAUGGGUGAAGCUGAAUGCAGGGCCUCUGGAGUUUCUAAACCUGAGAGACUCAAUCUCAGCAUGCUCCUGGGAUGUCAGUGACAUUGCACAGUCUGUAAAAGCAGAGUUGUCAGCAGCCAGCACAGGCCUGGCAGACAUGGGGUGUGGCAGCACAGACCCUGGGGAGGAGGCUGACUGUGAAGCUCGCUGCCCUGCACAUGCAUUUGCUCUUUUAUGGUAUCGGAGAAGAAAUACAUGCUCCUUGGAAGAAAAAGCUGAAACUGAUUAGGAAAAAUAAGAACCAUCCAUAAUUCUUUACCUCAGGUAUAAUCCAUUGUUAGUAUUUUGAUAUACAUUUUUUUCCCCUGGUUAUUUUCUAUGCAUAUAUGUAAAAUAUAUACUUUUUUUAAAAAAUGGGAUUGUACUAUGCUUUCAUAAGUGGCUUUAAUAAAUAAACAUUUGUAACAUUC